CUUCACCUCUGCAGACAGUUCUCGCGUAGAGCGACUUUCGCCUCUGAAGCCGGGAACCAGCAGACAAUCGCGAAGUUCACUUUCCACGGAUGACGGUGGUGAGCCUCCGUUCAAACGGUUGAACGAGCGGUCGAGUAGCGAAGCCUUUGUCGACGACGUCUGCAGACAAGAAGCUCCUUGUGUCGACGAAUUCCAAUCGGAGAGUGCGGGUACGUCCUCAUGUGAGCAAAGCGACUCUGAUAGCAGCUCAAGUGACAAAGGAGGUCCCCAAGGAAGCGAAUCGAGUGAUGAGUCAGAUGACUUUGUUGCUUCAGACAGCUGCACUGGGCCAGAUGAGGGAAUAGCCUUCACUUGUAGUCCAACGCUCACUCAUGUACUUUCUGAACAACUGUCGGCAAGUGAAGAGUUUGCUGUAAUUGCUUCCAAACAUAAUAUGACGCAUGCGUGCAUUAACGAUGUCCUCGAUUUCUGCCGGCGAAGAGGCAUCUCCGACCUUCCAAAAGAUGCUAGGACAGUUUUGAAAACUGAGCGCAAAGCACAGGUGGAGCAAAAUGGGUCAUUCGUGCACUUUGGUCUUGCAGAAGGAAUUCGUCAAGUGUUGCAGCCGGGGCAAGUAGUUCCAAGUGAACUGAAGCUACAGGGCAACAUUGACGGAGUCCCUCUUUACAAAAGUAGCCAGCUCGCCUUUUGGCCCAUUUUGUGCCGCAUAACAAAUGUGGAGGCAUCACCGCCAUUUGUUGUCAGUGUGUACUGUGGUGCAGGGAAGCCGCCAUGUCUGCAGGAUUAUCUAGAGCCAUUUUUGCAAGAGGUCUCCGACCUAAUCUCUGAGGGGAUAAGCAUAGGAGAUGUUCAUGUUCGGGUGAGCAUUGGAGCCAUGGUUUGCGAUGCUCCUGCAAGGAGCUAUGUCAAAUGUAUUGUUGGCCACACUGGCUAUUAUGCGUGCGAGCGAUGCAACCAAAAAGGGCAGCACCUUGAGAACAGGGUGACAUUUCCCAGACUUCAUGCAGCUGCACGGACGAAUGCAUCAUUUCGAUCUCAAGAGAACAAGCACCACCAUUCUGGUGUUUCACCAUUCCUUUCCCUUGACGUCGACAUGAUUGCAUUCUUCCCAUCUGAAUACAUGCAUCUCGUUUGCCUGGGAGUCAUGCGACGACUUUUAAGGAAUUGGGUAUGCCAAGGCCACAGUAACAGACUGAGCAGACUGUAUCGCAAUCAACUGAAUGAAAGCCUGCGAGAGGCAUCCAAGGCCUUUCCAACAUGUUUCCAGCGGAAACCAAGGGGUACAGAAGAGCUUGAUCGGUGGAAGGCAACAGAGUUUCGGACAUUCCUCCUUUAUGUGGGGCCUGUUGUCCUAAAGCCUCUUCUGCCUGCUUCUCAGUACAAGCAUUUUGUAAUGUUUCAUGUGGCGGUCAGAAUUUUAGCAUCGCCUCAGCACUACCGUGAGUACAAUGUUUUUGCCAAAGAUUUGCUAAGGUAUUUUGUUCAGGAGCUUAGUGAGCUAUACGGGAAAAAACAGCUCGUGUACAAUGUACACUCACUAAUUCAUCUUGCUGACCAGUGCCUAGACCAUGGCCCUUUAGAUGAGUUUAGUGCAUUCCCUUUCGAAAGCUACCUUGGACGAAUUAAAAAGUUGCUGCGAUCUUCCAACAAGCCACUUUCGCAGCUAAGUAGGAGAAUUUCUGAACUGAGGCACUCAUCCAGGAACCAAGUCAAGCAGAAACUGCAACAUGUGAAGCCUGGAGACUGCUUCCUGAUUGACAGUACUCCUGUGGUGGUUCUGGAGAUAAUGGCAGACCACUUCAAGGGUGGGAUUUUGCCAAAUGCCAGGGACUUUUUCAAACUUCCACUGAAGUCGUCUCAGUUGAAUAUCUGGCGCUGCAAUACGUUGAGUAACGAGAGAAAGGUCUGGCAUCUUGAUGACCUUCGGAACACAGCUCGGUGCCUGAGGCUAAACUACAAGCAAGGACAUGUUGUUAUUCCUCUUUUGCACUUUCACUGAAGCUGUCAGUGGCCGUUGGGCUUGUAGUGACCCAAACUGCCUUAGUCAGCCGUCCAACUGCCACAUAGCAUGCCGUUCAAACACUUACGGCAAGCAUGCUGAUAGCUGUACAACCAGGACACAUUGCAUGUCAAUUCUCCAAGGUGCUACACCAGCUGUCAUUCACGCUUCUGCUGUGUUUUCACCGCAUCAGGCUCACACUGCCAUGCCUCUUCAGAAGUCACUGCUCACACUGGGGCGCAUCACAACCUCCAUGACUUAGUUACCGAGUGGCGCAGCAGAGCGUCUGAGCCAUCCAGUUCCCCUGCAUCACGGAUACCACCUGAGCCUGCACCUAGCUUUCUGAAACUUCAGUUGUGCCUUUGAUAUCUCCACUUUCUACGUGUUGAAGUGCACUUCAUCUGGAACAAGUUGCAGCACGGAAGACUAAACGGCCCUCUUCAGGGCCACCCAAACUAUAUGACUGGCAGGGACGUGGUAACUCCCAUCUCUGCCUUCGUACACCCUCUAGAAAAUUAGCAUGUGGUUACGUUUGUGUGUGUUUGAAUAAAAUAUCAUUGAAUAUCUUGGUAAGUGCUUCUGAAAGAAAAAUUAUACAGAACAGUUCUUUUCGAGAAUACACAGAAGGAAAGAGCAAGAGAGUAAACAAACCAUCUAUUUAGUAAUCACAAAUAAUGCCACUAUGGAUGAAGGGAAACAAAAACAAAACAAAAAAAACUUGGCAACAUGAACAAGAAACCAGAGGGUUCCACAUUUUCUGUGAUCAUGACUAACAGACCAAAAUGACAAAUGUAAAGUCAUUGUUGCACUUCAUUCCACAAGCAGUGAGUGCCUGUUAAGCUAUGCUGUAGACAGGUUCUGCGUUCCAGUGAUAAGUGCCCUGUUUGUGCUAGCUUAAUAUGUUCUCAAAACUGACGGGAAUUAAUUUCUGUAAUUGGCAUGUUUUAAAUAGAGCUGCUUUGUUUUAGAAACGAAACCAGCAUAAAAUUCAGGAGGAUAGAAACAAAAGAAGUGACAGAACAAGAGUUAGACUUGGAGAUUUUAGUUUAUCUUCACAAUUCCCAACAUGGCAUUUUUGGCACACAAGAGUUAGGUAGCUCAAAAGGCUGAUAUAAGUGUGGGAAAGUUCGUGAAAUUCACACUAGUGUCUUCGACACACUGAACCUAAGUUUAAAUUGUAGGUAGCUCAGUCAAGUUAUAAACAAUUACAAAGUUAUAAAGACUUUUUUUUUCAGGCGGGGGGAGGAUACAAAUGUACUUUCCAGGCGACAAAGUUGCAGUUGUUUUUUAAUCUUUAUUAUUAUUAUUAUUAUUAUUAUUAUUAUUAUUAUUAUUAUUAUUAUUAUUAUUUGUAAAAUGGUUUUGGGGCUUUCUAAGGUUAUUCAAAGGAUAUAUCACAACUUAAUGUUUUGCAUGUGCGUGAUCCCUGCAGCCACAUCUCACCUUAACAAGGUUCAUACAUUAUUCUAAAUGUCUGCACUCGCCUAAACAAGGUUCAAAUGUUAUUCUAAAUGUCUGCAUUCUUUAUCAGUGAGCAAAACAGAUGUCAUGCUCGCAUGUCAGGAGCUGUUUUCUUAAUUAGUACAUUUCCAGAAGCUCACUUUCAAGAGUUGUGCAUGCCUUUCCUAUCUCAUGUACAUCAUUAAAACUGGUGGUAUAGCUGCAUUAACAACAAUGAAAGAAUAAAUGGCCACCUGUGUGCUCAUGGGCAGCAAAGAGCAACGCUCAUGCAUUCUAUCAUUGAUGUGCUGAUCAAUGGAUGUGAACCCUGCCAAAUGUAAAAGGGCUCUGCAAAUUAUUUCUGUGGCGUGUGAACUCUGUGGCAUAUUUGUCAUGUAGCCGCCCUUGAAUUGGUUUGUGAUAUGGCUACAGAAGCCAUCAAGCUUGCUGUGUGCUGAAAACAGUCGAUCACAUUGGGCCCCUUCUCUUCUUUCUUGUGCAAAAAUGCACAAAUAUGACAUUAUUUCGUUAUUUAUUCUUCUCUGUUGUGAUCACCUUGGCGUGCAUAUUGCUGCCCAUCUCAUUUUUUUUGCACGGUCACUGUGCCACCACAUCAGUGGCACUACUGAGAUGCCCAUCAGCUUCCAGGCAACAAAUUCCUUGCUGACAGCUCUAUUCAUUUGAGUGAAUGCAGCACUCUUUCAAGGCCUAAUGCUUGAAAAAUGAGCUGCAGUGAGGCGCAGUGAUGUAGUUCUGCCUAGAUUGCAACAUAUUUGGGCUAAGCCUGACAGUGACUGCACAAUAGAGCAGGUUGGUCAUCAUUCAGCACCUUGCCUAUCUAAGCCUCUCAUCUUAACGGCAGCAGCCCUGGCUGCUUCCACACAUGUGGAAAGAUAGCAUGAACACAGUAUAUACAUCUGCAUCUAUACAUGCAGCAUGCACAUCGUCACUGGAGCAGCCGUUUAGUGUGCGGCUAGCACAAUGGAAGCACCACAUUAAUCCACACUCAAUUUUACAUUAUCUCAAGCUGUGCCGUGGAAGAUGAGACAUGGCACGAUUACUGUAUCUGUGAUGCCGCAUGGCACGUCCUUAUAGUAGUCAUGCACAUGUCAUCUUCGACAUGAUGUCCCUUAUGAAUGAAGCAUCAGCAUAACCACUGCCUCGCACCAUAGCAUAGGGACACUAAAGAGCAAUACUAAGUCAUCUUAGACUGACUUACGUUGACUUUUACUGCAGAAUAUAAAGGCCAAAUGGUUUUUUUCUUUUUUAAUGUCGUACUGGUGCAUCAAUGUGGUAGUAUGAAAGAUUUCAGUGUGUUCCCUCAUAUUCAAGAUAUUCAUAUUCAUAUUCAGGGGAAGUACUUAAAAGUUCCUAAGGUUAUUCUUUCGCUUCUUUACAAUGAUGUCAUUCUUGACCAGAUAAACAAGUAGACCCGAGUAGGUCUUGUCAAAAUUCAAGACAUCACAGUGAGCCUGGUGCUAGAACUUCACCGCAGCACUACCACUUAUCUUCCAAUUUUGUUUCUUCUCGGACUUGCCAAGCUGCCUCUUAUGUGAACAGUGGCCCUUUUGCUAUUGCAGUGCAGAAUUUACUAAUACAGCCUAACUUGGUAGUCCCCUUUAGCACACCUAUAAUGUAAAGUGUAAAAUUGCUGUUACAGUUGAGCCUUAUCUGAGGUGAGUUAAUGGUUAUGAAAACAGAUACCAGAACCAUGCGAACUGCCCUGUGUGCAUUGGGAUGGUAGAUAAUGACUAUUUGGUUAGAGUGAAUGUACUAGCCACUUUGGCUUGGACUUCUCAGGUCUAGUUACAUAAUAUAUGAUAUACUAUGUUAGUAGAAUUACAAAAAGACAAGCUUCCUUGUGGGGGCACGUGGAAGCAAUAAAAGAACAAAAAUUGUGCGUAUGCGUAAUUGACUGCUUGAAGUUUGGCAUCAUUUCCUUUGCCUAUGUAGAGGGGCUGUAUUGGAGACAUGAUAGCAUUGUUUAUUAUAGAAACGAGCAUGCAAACAAAGAAGACUGAUAAAGAAGCAAGGAGAAGCACUGACUCGCAAUUGAGGUUUUUAUAGAUGUUGUGUAUAGUGAGAUAUACAACAAACAUAAAAACGACAACACACUACUAGCUUCAAAAUAAAAAGCACAACCAUUUAUGCACUUAAGAACGUCUUUUUCAUUCAAUGAAAUGGAAGGAUAACUGCUGCGCAUUUCAUCAAAUCUGGUGUGGUACAUGUCUGUAAUUUUCUGCGGGGUGAAGUUGCGUAUUGCUGUGAUGGAUGAUUCCCUAAACGAACAUGUGGCUGCACUGUUGAUAACUGACCCCUAUGUGGUUUUUCGUUGGCUUUAUUUUAUGCUCCUGCAAUGUUACAUCAAUGCAACUUCGUGUUUCUCCUGUAUUAGUGGGCCCAUAUUACAAAUUUUGCCUCUAGCUCUUCAAGUGGCUGCAGAUAUGCGUUGCAACACUGCAUUUUUUCUUAAUGGAGCAUUAGUUAUUUACAGCAGGGCAAGAUUUUUAAACUAAUUUUUUUAUUGCAUGACAGAAUUACGACUUGGAACUUGCACUGCACCACCACAUUCAGUACGGGAUAUGGCAUGUGCCUGUGGUGCUAUGGUAGCUGUCUCCAUUUUCUUUUAUACCCCAUGCAUAUGCUCCCUGCCAGUUUGAGCUUUCAUGGAAAAUCACUUUCUGGAAAGUUUAUUUGUCAGAAUAAGAUUUUUAUCAUUAGUGUUUUACCUGCUGAAAGCCUCAUCGCAUCAUGAAUAACUCGAACAUAAAAAGAAGGGCCUAAGGCCAGCUGGAAAUACUCAUUCGUUAAACAAUAUAAACAUCACGUGCUACCUAUAUUAAAUAAUUGAAAAUAGGAUGUUUAUAUCGUAACAAACAAGUACACUAAGGACAGCAUAGGGUAAAUUACAUGUACGUAUUAAUUGAAGCAGGAAGUGAUAAAUUAAUGGAAAUGAAAGUGGAUGAAAAAACUACUGGCCGCAGGUGAGGCACGAAGCCACGUCUUCACAUUACGCGUGCAAUGCUCUUAGCAUUUCAGCUACCGCAGCACCGUUUUCCCAUCCGCUUUCUGGGGUACUAAGGUUUUAUCUACUGGAACUAAAGCUGGGAGUGUUAGCCAGCGCACCUCAGGGCCUUGACGGCAGAUGUGGAACAUCCUUUUUUUCUCGCAAACCUCACAUUGUGUGAUGUGUACCGACGUAUCAAAGCUUGGUGAUGCAAAUAAAAUGCAUUGAAGUGAUUAAUGUAUAAGCAUGCCAUCGGUCGCUCUGCUGAAGAAAUAAGUAAUGCAUGUGCCAAAACAGAGAGACUGGACAUGUAUAUGAAUAAAAAUGACAUCUUCAAGGUUUAGCCAGAAAAGGAAAUGGUGUACAAAAAUAAACAAUUGUGAGUCUGCAACUUACUUCACCUGUCCCUAUAUCUUCCAAUUACAUAUCUUGUGUUUAUAAGUGCUGCUAGUAGCGUGCAUUGCCAUGAAGUGUCGUCAACUAGCCUGGCUUAUGCAUUUCUACUUUACUGGUUCCAAAAUGCUGCAGUCUCAUGGUUACGAAAACAGACACCAGAACCAUGAGAAUUUUCCAGUGUGCAUUGGCAUGGGAGAUAAUGAUGAUUUGGUUAGAGUGAAUGCAAUGGCCACUUGGGCUUACAC